AAAGAGGGGUGGGACGCGCUGAACAUGAGAUAAGGGAGUCAGGCGGUACGUUGUGAUUACCUGAGUCAAUAUAACCUGGUGUGAUAACAGCUAAUGCACAGUGGGACUCGUUCAUACCCGGACUAACAAUCCGUUUGCUCAAACUGCUGUUUUUGUAUUUUUCAGUGAUACAAAGGUAAGUGUUCCACUAUGGUUCAAACUUACCUUUACUGAUGUGAGCUAAUGAUGCUGUUUGUGGCUUCAUUUCCAGGUAAUAUCUGGCUUUCAAUACCAGAUUUUCUGCACCACAUUUAUUCAUUGAUUAGUCUUAUUUUGCCAACUACUUCAUCUGAGUGUCAUUUUAUAGUCUGGAUAUUUGGCACAGUCAAAGUUUGAGUCGACCGUCUGACUGGUUAGAUCCUUAUUUGGAACUUAGGUUGCUAAAAUAAAACAUGCAUACAUUAAUAUAAGCAUGCUUUAUGUAAUACAAAUUAAAGGUGCUAAGUAAAUGUAAACUAACAAUGACAGCUACAUAUAAAAUAUACAUUUGAAUAAUUACUUAAUCCAUCAACAUGUCUAAUGGGCCCCAGCCCAGCAAGACUGUCUUAUAUUAUCAAGACUUUCAUAUUAAACGUCAUCAAUUCAUCUCUCUUAAUUCUUGUUCCACCAUUGGCCCACUUAGUCAACUGUCAUUGUGAAUUCAGAUGAUAACUUGUGAUUUCACAGAAAACAGGUCUGCAUUUUCUAUUUCCAGGCCUCACUCGUGUAAUUCUAGCCACUGUCACCACAUCAUUAAGCAAAACACAACUCACUACGUUUGACGACUGUGUCUUCCCUUUAAAAAUGGGGAUAUAAGUGAAAGGCUAUGUUCUGAUUCACAGCCUCCUCCUGCCAUCACAUCAACACGAUGCCUCAUCGCAGCUGUUCUGUUGAGAUUAACAACAACUCCGGCUACUACACUCUGGCCAAUCCAAGGGCUUUCAGUGAGAGUGGCAAAUGCGAGGUCCCUUUGCCACCCAUGGUAGGUCCCUGCUCUGAAGCCAGUGCACUGUUCAACAAAGUCACUGGCAGUGCAACUGGAGCAGUUGGAGUCUUCACCUAUGACCUUGUCAACCCUGACAUGAACGACUAUAGCCACAUCAUGGCUGUCAUGUUCUCCGUGCCGUAUGAUCGAAGCCUCUACUCCAACUGGUUUGCCGUGGGGAUCUUUGACAAAGGAACCGACUGUGACUAUAAUCUUUAUGACAUCAUGUAUAAUGGGAGUGAAAAUAGUUUCGUAAGAGCCAAGGCUGACGGGUCCUGCAUUUCUUAUGAAGGUGACUACGUUAUUGUCAGUGCCUCCAUGUCUGAUUCAGGUGAAGCAGUCCUGAGGGUGGAUGUCAAUGACACAGGGAUGUACUAACACAACAGACGCAAGAUGUUACACAAGUAAAACAAUCACUGGCAUCCCACUACGUAUCUGCAAGGGUCAAUCAACUGGUAAUACUGGUCACUUGCUAAAGUGGUGCUGAUUUCAGUGUAAACGAGUGCAUGCCGUUGUAUACUCUAGAGUGCUUUCUCUAGACUGAUUCAUGAAAGAUUUGUAUGUAUCAAAAACAGGUUUUCUUUGUAACCAGUGUAUAACGUAACAAUAAAUCUAAACCUUUACCUGGUUUAAAUUUGUCCCUCUUCUGUUCAACAUCACCUCCGGAUUCUGCAGAAGUAUUUCUCUG